CGGGUCCAGGGGAAAGUGGCCCGCGAGCAGGCUCUCUUCCUCCAUGCCUCUCUCGGCCUCCCCUCGCCCCGCCCCGCCCUGCCCGGCCGGCACCGAGUUCUCUGAAACCCAUAGGCAGAGGCGACCCUCCCGCCUCCCCGCCCGCUCCGCGCUCGCCCCGCCUCAGCGCACUUUAAAAGUUUUCUCUGGCCGGGACGCGGGCGUCGCGAGCCAUGGCUGUCUACGUCGGGAUGCUGCGCGUCGCGAGGCUGUGCGCCCGGAGCCCGAGGGUGCUGGGGGCCCGGGUCGGCCUCCCCCGGGUUUGGCAGGAAGCGAGGUUGUGGGGCGUCCGUCCUCUCAGUUCUGAAGAGCUGGAUCACAACGUCCCCUUGCCCGUUGGAGGCUUCAGCUACGUCCAGGGCCACAUCGGAUUGCGCCUUAAUAACCAGACCGUGGGGCGGUGCCUGGAUGUCACAGCACAGAGGAUCCCAGACCAGGAGGCCUUGGUUGUCCACCACGAAAACAUCAGGUUGACCUUUGCCCAACUCAAGGAGGAGGUGGAUAAAGCUGCUUCUGGGCUCUUGAGUAUCGGCCUCCGCAAGGGUGACCGGCUGGGCAUGUGGGGACCCAACUCCUAUGCGUGGGUACUCAUGCAGCUGGCCACAGCCCAGGCUGGCAUCAUUCUGGUAUCUGUGAAUCCAGCGUACCAGGCUAUGGAGCUGGAGUAUGCCCUCAAGAAGGUGGGCUGCAAAGCCAUCGUAUUUCCCAAGCAAUUCAAGUCCCAGCAUUACUACAACAUCCUGAAGCAGAUCUGUCCAGAGGUGGAAAAGGCCCAGCCAGGGGCCUUGAAGAGUCAGAGGCUCCCGGAUCUGACCACGGUCAUCUCGGUGGAUGCCCAUCUGCCAGGGACGCUGCUCCUGGAUGAGGUGGUGGCAGCUGGCAGUCAAGAGCAGAAUCUGGCCCGGCUUCGGCACACCCAGCAGUUCCUGUCCUGCCAUGACCCCAUCAAUAUCCAGUUCACCUCGGGGACAACCGGCAGCCCCAAGGGGGCCACACUCUCCCAUUACAACAUUGUCAACAACGCCAACAUGAUAGGACAGCGCCUGAGACUGCACCAGAAGGUGAGGGGGUGCUGGCCCAGCAAGGGCUUCCUGGCACCCUGCAGGGGUGGGGGCUUGCUGGAUUCCCCCUGCUGGCUAGAGGAGCUGGGCUUCUGGCCCUGCAGUAGACCCAGCUCCUGCUUCCAUCUCCAGACGCCAGAGGAGUCGCGGAUAGUCCUGCCCAGCCCCCUGUACCACUGCCUGGGUUCUGUGGGGGGCACAAUGGUGAGCUUGAUGCACGGUAUCACCCUCAUCCUGUGCUCUCCAGUCUUUGAGGGCAAGAAGACGCUGGAGGCCGUCAGCAGAGAAAGAGGCUCCUUCCUGUAUGGGACCCCCACAAUGUUCGUGGACGUUCUGAACCAACCAGACUUCUCCAGUUACGACAUCUCAACCUUGCGUGGAGGUGUGAUUGCUGGGUCUCCUGCACCCCCAGAGCUGAUCAGAGCCAUCAUCAACAAGCUGAACAUGAAGGAGCUAGUGGUGGCUUAUGGAACCACAGAGAACAGCCCCGUGACCUUCAUGAACUUCACCGAGGACACUGUGGAGCAGAAGGCAGAAAGUGUGGGCAGAGUCAUGCCUCACACAGAGGCCCAGAUUGUGAACACGGCGACGGGGACACUGGCAGAGCUGAACACACCUGGAGAGCUGUGCAUCCGAGGGUACUGCGUCAUGCUGGGCUACUGGGGUGAGCCCCGGAAGACCGAGGAAGCAAUUGGACAAGACAAGUGGUACCGGACGGGAGACAUUGCCACGAUGGAUGAGCAGGGCUUCUGCAAGAUUGUGGGCCGCUCUAAGGAUAUGAUCAUCCGUGGCGGCGAGAAUAUCUACCCCGCCGAGCUCGAGGACUUCUUUCACACACACCCACAGGUUCAGGAAGUGCAGGUGGUGGGAGUGAAGGAUGACCGAAUGGGGGAGGAAAUCUGUGCCUGCAUUCGGCUCAAGGAAGGGGAGAAGACCACGGCAGAGGAGAUCAAGGCUUUCUGCAAGGGGAAGAUCUCCCACUUCAAGAUUCCCCGGUACAUCGUUUUUGUCACCAAUUACCCCCUCACCGUCUCAGGAAAGAUCCAGAAAUUCAAACUUCGGGAGCAGAUGGAGCAACAUCUAAACCUGUGAAUAGAGGAAGGGAGAAGAUCCUUCCUCCCUGCCCUUCUCCCCCAUGCCCCAUGUCUGCUUUGUGAUCUGGCAUAAAGAGCUUCUCUGUUUACUCUG